AUGGGGAAUGUCAACAGCAGGCCUGAUGAGCCUGGGGUGCUCUAUCUGAAGGACCAGACUAAGCUGAGCAUCUCCUCCCUGAUCAUCACCAACCAGCGCGGCGCCGUUCUCCUCAAUAUUGUGCCAAACUCAUUCCCUGCGUCACGGAUUACUGCAAAGAGAGAUGCUGGUGACGAUACGCCUAUUGAGUUCAUUCAGGACCCAGACUCAGUGGGCAGCAAUGCGCUACCUUCCUUCCUCCUCCGAUUAAACAAUGAAGACGAGCUCAACUUCAGAUUCACAUUCGUUAUUCGACAGACCCAAAUCUCGCCCAUACCCACCGCAACAACCAUAAACGGUGUCGCCAGUUCGCUGCCAGAAGUCGCCGAUACGGUGCUCAAGGGAGUCACAUUCGCACACGCAUCGAACGCAAAGGAGCUCGACAACCUGAUCACACGAGAGUUCCAUGCGAAUCCGAACCUCCAGAAUAAUGAUAAUGUUCAGCACGUUGGCACGUUUGAGACGGGUGGCACACCUUCAGUCCAGUUCGACUGGGUAUGGCGAUGGAAGCCGCCGAAGAGGUCGGAAGAUAAGGGCGGCGGAUGGAGAAAUUGCUGCAGCUUCUUGGACUACGACCAGAGGACGAACAGGUUGAAUACGUUGGCUUCGUUCGAAUAUUGGGUUCAAGGCCCAGCGAGACCAUCCACCAGUCCCAGCCUUCACUCUACAGGGUUCGAACUGGCGGUGCCCCAACGUAAUCGCCAGAUCUCAUCCCACUCGAACAUGUCACGGAUGAGCGAGCCAGACAGCACGUUUAACGAAAACCUGGCCCCCACCUCGCCCAUUGACCAUGCCGAGAACCCGUUCGCCCCGGCCGCCAGUAUCUCUUCAAAUGCGACCACAGCUGCGCCCGUCAAGUUGGAUGUUACUUGUCAACGUCCGGGCGAGGAUAUGAGCGCGGUUGACGAUGGGCCCUUAUUUCGAGCCACGAUGAAGGCGCUCGAACAAAAGACCGGAAAUAUGCGGGCGAAGAUGAAGAAACUUCUCAAAAAGGCCGAGGCUGCGCACCAGGCACAGGUAGCGUGUAAUGAUUCGGUCUGCGCAUUCAUCCUUGCGCUGAAUGAAGCGUCCAAAUCCAACGCCAACGCUAUACAGCCUGCCAUGGACCAUUACUUUGAGAAGACUGCGCAAGAAAUCCUCCGCUACGAGCAACAGAACUCCGUCAACUUGCAAAAGCUUAUCAUCGAACCUCUUUCGAAACUCUAUACACAAGACAUCAAACAGGCGGAAUGGAAGAAGAAGAUCUUUGACGAUGAGAGCAGAGACUACUAUGCGUAUGUUGGAAGGUAUCUGGGCCAACGACAAGACUCUCUGAAAGAAAAGAAGAGAGCGGAGAGUGAUUCCAAAUACCAAACCAAGAGAAGGAAUUUCGAAUUAAAGCGUUUCGACUAUUCAUCGUUCAUGCAAGACUUACACGGUGGUAAGAAGGACCAGGAAGUGCUCUCUUAUCUCACCAAAUAUGCCGGGACGCAAGCCCAGAGUUAUCUCGCAACCGCCAAAAAAGUUGGUGAGCUGAUGCCGCAACUCGAAGCUCUGAUGCACGAGGUCUCCGAAGCCGAUAAAGAGUUCCAGUUUCAGCGUACGGAGCGGGAAGAGAAACGCAGGGCCCUCGAGAACAGCACCAAGAAGUAUAUUGAACCAGAGACAGUCCCGAACCCAGGCCCACCACCACCUACACCUGGCGGUACUAAUACCACCUCCGCCACCACCACUUAUACGUCUGACUCCGACCUUGGGCGAGCGGACAGUACAAGUUCGACGUUGAAGGGCGUCGUGAGUAACACGUCAGCUUUGUCAUCGUCCCCCAACGCAGCAACGGCCUUGACCGGAUCGACAAUUGGAUCACUCUCUUCAACUCAUAACCGGUUCAAGGGGAUUCGUGACCUGGAAGAACGUGAUAGCACGAGCAUGGCAGCGGCGGAACGGGCAAAUGGCCAACAAAGAAAGGAAGGUCUAUUAUGGGCCUUGUCACGUCCAGGAUCUCAUAUCGAUCCCAAGGGCAUUAAUAAACAGGCAUGGCAUAAGUUCUGGAUCGUUCUCGACCAAGGCAAGCUCUCAGAAUAUAGCAACUGGAAGCAAAAGCUCGAUCUGCACAUGGACCCCAUCGAUCUACGGAUGGCGUCUGUUCGCGAGGCACGCAAUGCAGAGAGACGGUUCUGCUUCGAGGUCAUCACUCCUCAAUAUAAACGGAUAUACCAAGCAACCUCCGAAGAGGACAUGGCCAACUGGAUCCUAGCGAUUAACAACGCCUUACAGAGCGCCGUCGAGGGUCGAGGCAUGGCUCCCUUAGGUAACCCAUCACCUGGUGACAAGCCCCGACGAGACAUCGGAUCUGUCCUGACGGGCAAGAGUUCGUCGUAUUCCGGCCAGCAUGGUGUCUCUACAUCCUCCAACACGGGCAAUACUGGGAAUAUGGGCCGCCGCACAACAGUAGGCGCACGACCCAGUUACGUGAGGAGCGAUAGCCAUAGCUUUGAUGAGGACCCUGCCAAACUCCUGCAAACCAUCCACAACGCCGACCAGGGCAAUAAUUGGUGUGCGGACUGCGGAUCCGCAUCGAAAGUUGAAUGGGUAUCUAUCAACCUCGGAAUAGUCCUAUGCAUUGAAUGCAGUGGCAUCCACAGAUCGUUGGGAACGCAUAUAUCCAAAAUACGCUCGCUGACACUCGACAUCCACUCCUUCUCAAAUGAUAUCGUGGAGAUAUUGCUACAGAUAGGAAAUCGCGUUAGCAAUAUGGUCUGGGAGGCGCAGUUAGAUCCUGGGAUCAAGCCCGGCCCGCAAGCGACGCGUGACCAGCGACUGAAAUUCAUUACGGCAAAGUAUAGUGAUCGAGCAUAUGUUCGACCGCUAUCAACCACUUUGUCGAGAUUCGCAUCUCCAGAUGAAACGCUACUUGCUUCAAUCAAGAAGAACGAUAUACAAGGGGUGUUAUACGGCAUUGCUCUACGGGCGAACCUCAACGUCGCAGAUCGUUCACGUAAUACGCAUGCCGUCUUCCUAGCCCUUGCGGCUGCCGACCCUGCAGCACCAGGAUCUGGAACCUCGACCCCAACCCUAGGCGGCUCUAAAACUUUUACUCCUUCUCAUUCCUCCGGUGUCAGUGUUAAUGCGAUACCUUUCCCUGUUGCGGAGCUUUUGGUGCAGAACGGUGCUGUGAUUCCAUCUCAGAUGCCUGCCAUUCCGCUCUCUCAGGCUGCGCAGUUAUAUGUGAACCAGCGAACUGUUCGAUCAUCACGACUUGGGCCUGGUGGUAACACCGCCGACACUCUGAGUGCGCUGCCUACUAUCCGUGGAAACGAGGGACCCGGUUCCUUCUCCCCCAGCGUUGACAGCAAGGAGCGAGAGAGGCUGCAUAAGAGAGGAAGCGCUGGUGCACGGUUUGCCGGCAAAGUGUCUUCUCUAGCUGGAUAA